AUGGAGUCUUACCUACAGUAUUGUAGGAUCGGGCAAGCGGUUCGCCGCCAGCUGGCUGAAAUCGAAUCUAAAUGUAGUUGUGAGGGCUAUACUAUUGGGUCGCUACACAAUUCUAGUUGUCCUUUAUACGAUCCAAAAGUAAUUGAUGCUGAGAAGAGUCCCUCUACACAAGUCAUUGCCGACAAUGAGUCUCUGAUCAUGGUCGGCUGGGACGGCUCUGAUGAUCCCCUGAACCCUGCCAAUGCAACUGUUGGACGGAAGCUUUUUAUGACAUUUCUGGUCUCUCUCAUUGCUAUCUCCGUCACGGCAGCAUCUGCAAUCGAUGCUUGUGGCGUGCUACAAUACAGUGAAGAUUUCGGUGUAACCGACGUGGUUGGAUCUCUAGCAACAGGUCUUUUCCUUGUUGGUUUUGGUGCCGGAUCGCUCCUCUCAGGCCCAUUCUCCGAGACAUUUGGACGAAAUGCAGUUUAUCUCAUAACGAUGCUUCUUUUCUUGAUUUUCGUCAUGGCCUCUGCGCUCGCUCCCAAUCUCCACAGUCAUCUCAUCUUCCGAUUCUUUGCAGGAUUCUUUGGAUCGACGCCUCUUAGCUGCGCCGGAGGAACAGUCGCUGAUCUUUGGGACCCAGCACAAAAGGCAUAUGCAUUCCCUGCCUAUGCAAUUCCAGCAUUCUCAGGGCCUAUGAUUGGCCAAAUUAUCGGUAGCUAUAUUCCCCAAACGCUGGGAUGGCGCUGUCUUCUCUUGCACUGGAAGGCGAAAGCCCUUCGCAAGGAAACUGGCGAUAAGCGAUAUCGAGCUCCGAUUGAAAUGAAGCGCGAGAGUUUGGGACGUCGCCUCUUGACGUCUGUUUACCGCCCGUUCAUCUUGUUUUAUUCCGAGUUGAUUUUGAUCUUGAUGUCGCUAUAUCUGACGGUGGUGUAUAUCGUCCUAUUCACUUUCCUGGAGGGGUACACAUUCAUCUUCACCGAUACAUACGGAGUAUCGCAAGGGAUUACUAAUGUCGCCUGGGCCGGUAUGCUUUGUGGCAUUCUCCUGGUGACUGGUAUCGUCCCGUUGGUCUACUCGUGGACAGCAAAAGAGUACCAGAAAACUUCCACAAUUGUGCCAGAAACACGGCUUUGGUAUGCGAUGCUCGGAGGUGCUCCUGCAGUACCAAUCAGUUUAUUCUGGAUGGGAUGGACUGCCAAUUCAUCUAUCUCGAUCUGGUCUCCACUCAUUGCUUCGGCUCUCUUUGGAUAUGGCAUCACCACCAUUUUCAUUGUUGCCUAUAUGUAUGUCAUUGACUCUUACGGGGUCUAUUCGGCAUCGGCUUUGGGAUUCCUGGUCUUCACACGUUAUGUUGUUGCGGGUGGUAUGACUGUCGCUGGAAUCCCGAUUUAUCGCUCCAUUGGGGUACAGUAUACGUUGACGAUAUUGGGAGCAAUCAGUGGAUUGAUGGCAUUUAUUCCCUAUUUGCUAUUCAUCUAUGGUCCCAAGAUUCGGAAGUACAGCAAGUAUGCUGUGAACACCGACAAGCAUUGA